AAUAUGAAGUAUCAGUCAAGGAAUCCUAAUUUUCUAUCGCCCAUCGAGGACGCCGCUCUCCAGCCAUCGCCUGAUCAGCUCGCGUUUCCACCAUCGCGCGCCCCUGAGCAGCAGCACCACUGCCGCACGCGUAGCUCCUGCCAGUGCCGCGCCGCCGCAUCAGCUCGGUUCUUUUCAGCGCAGCACCCGAAAGAGCAGCCGCACGCGCAAGUUGCAAAACUGUUGAAUUGUCCACCAACUAAACCCAAUACAUACUCGGGUCGGUUUGGAUAUUUAAUUUAGACCCCUUUCAAUUUCAUUAUUCUGUCGGUUUGGAAGAAAAAAACCAUUUAUGCUCGAUCUCGCAUUCUAGCCCUAACAACUCUUUCUCUAUUUCUGCGAUUUCUUCACACAUUGUAGCCCUAACAAUUGUAUAUCUUCUCUGUGAUUUCACACAUUUUAGUCCUAACCAUAAACCCGAUCCUCACAUUCUAGCCCUAUCAACUGUAUCUUCUCUUCAUUGUUAUUCAUAUGCCACCGUCGACUUCAAGCAGCAGAUUUUCUUGCAGCCGACAAUAAAAUCCUCCAGAGACUUCUUGCAGCAGCCCUUUGGGUUACGUCUCUUCAAUUUCGAUUGACAUAACAAUGAAGCAAGGAGGUGAUAGUUCAGCUGUGGAUAUUGAAAAGACAACAAUAAAAAUGGAACCUGACCAGAGCAGCAAUGGAGGAUUAUAUGUUCCUGGAAAGGAAAGGGUUGAAUUCAGGGCUCCUCAAAGGAAGUCCCUUUUAGGUUUAGAUGACCUCGCAAAGGAAAAACGUGGAAAAUCUGAUUCGAAUGUGAUGUUUAAGGUCCCAAGAGAAAGAGUUACCUCUGUUGCAGCAUCUGUCAACGAGGUAGAGCUCGAAUCAUCUGGAUUGGAUGAAAUCACAGGUGCUGAAUCAAAUAGUUUGAACAAUCAUUUAAAUAGACGGUAUCGCGAUACAACAGCACGGGAGAUAACUCAAGAAGAAAGUACUGUGACUCAAGGAGUAGCAGUUUGUGAUAGGAGUCAUCACUCAAGAGAAAAUACAUCAGAUGAUCGUACUGCUAUCAAGAGUUCGAGGACUAGCCGAUCAAGGAGUCCUAGGAGUGGGAGAGAUGACUUAAGUAAUGUGAGAAGAGAUGCUAAGGAUGAUUCCAGGGGUGAAAGGAGUAGGCACAGGCAUAGGGAUAGUAGUGAAGAGUGGAGUCAUGGACGGGACGCACGGUUCUCAUAUGAAAGAGAUCGUAGCAGAGAUUAUGGCAGAAAACGAGGUAGAUAUGAAGGUUCAGGGCGGACACCAGUGAAUGUUUUCCAUUCAGGUAGAUCUGACUGGGAUGAUGGGAGAUGGGAAUGGGAAGAAGCUCCUCGUCGGGAUAGUCAGUCUAAUACAAGCCGACAUCAUCAUUAUUCACCAUCUCCAAUGUUUGUUGGGGCCUCUCCUGAUGCACGAUUAGUUUCCCCAUGGCAUACACCUUCCUCUACUGGUUCUACUGCUUCUCCAUGGGAUCAAAUUGCUCCCUCUCCGGUUCCAAUUCGUCCCUCUGGAUCUUCAGCCAAGUCUUCUAGCUCUAGGCAUGGUGGGAAGUCCCAUCAACUUACUUUCUCCUCUGCAAGGUCACAGUCAUUAGAGGAGGAAGGAGAAGAUAAAGCUUAUUCAUCUGUAGAACACAAUCAUGAGAUUACUGAAAGCAUGCGCCUGGAGAUGGAGUACAAUUCUGAUAGAGCAUGGUAUGACAGAGAAGAAGGUAACACAAUGUUUGAUGCUGAUAGCUCAUCUUUUUUCCUUGGAGAUGAGGCUUCAUUCCAGAAAAAAGAAGCAGAAUUGGCCAAAAGGCUGGUUCGAAGGGAUGGCACCAGAAUGUCACUUGCACAAAGCAAAAGGUUGUCUCAGCUUACUGCUGACAAUGCCCAAUGGGAGGACCGACAAUUAUUGAGAUCUGGAGCCGUUAGGGGCACUGAAGUGCAGACUGAUUUUGAUGAUGAGGAAGAACGCAAGGUUAUUCUUCUUGUACAUGAUACAAAACCUCCUUUCCUGGAUGGAAGAGUUGUUUUUACUAAACAAGCAGAGCCUAUAAUGCCCAUAAAAGAUCCUACCUCAGACAUGGCCAUUAUUUCACGCAAAGGUUCUACUUUGGUUAGGGAAAUUCAUGAGAAGCAAAGUAUGAAUAAAUCACGUCAGCGUUUUUGGGAGCUUGCAGGCUCAAAACUUGGUGAUAUUCUUGGUGUUGAGAAGACAGCUGAACAGAUUGAUGCCGAUACAGCUGUAGUAGGCGAGCAAGGUGAAAUCGAUUUUAAGGAAGAUGCAAAAUUUGCACAGCAUUUGAAGAAGGAGGAAGCUGUAAGUGAUUUUGCAAGGUCAAAGUCCAUUGCUGAGCAGCGACAAUAUCUGCCCAUAUAUUCAGUGCGAGAGGAUUUAUUACAGGUGAUUCGAGAAAAUCAGGUGGUGGUUGUCGUUGGAGAAACUGGGUCAGGGAAGACUACUCAACUGACACAGUAUCUCCAUGAAGGCGGGUAUACAAAAAAUGGUAUAGUUGGUUGCACCCAACCAAGGCGUGUGGCAGCCAUGAGUGUUGCAAAGAGAGUUAGCGAAGAGAUGGAAACUGAAUUGGGAGAUAAGGUUGGUUAUGCUAUCCGUUUUGAGGAUGUGACUGGACCAAAUACCAUAAUUAAGUAUAUGACUGAUGGAGUGCUAUUGCGUGAAACUCUCAAAGAUUCUGAUCUUGACAAGUAUCGGGUCAUAGUCAUGGAUGAAGCACAUGAAAGAUCGUUAAGCACAGAUGUGUUGUUUGGAAUACUUAAGAAGGUGGUUGCCCAACGUCGUGACUUCAAGCUCAUUGUUACAUCUGCAACUCUAAAUGCUGAGAAAUUUUCUAAUUUCUUUGGAAGUGUCCCAAUAUUCCACAUCCCAGGGAGAACAUUCCCGGUGAAUAUCUUGUACAGCAAAACGCCUUGUGAAGAUUAUGUUGAAGGUGCUGUGAAGCAAGCCAUGACCAUCCACAUUACAAGUCCUCCAGGUGACAUACUUAUUUUUAUGACUGGCCAGGACGAGAUAGAAGCAGCCUGCUAUGCCCUUGCUGAGCGCAUGGAACAACUUAUCUCUACUACAAAGAAAGCAGUCCCUAAGCUCCUGAUACUGCCUAUAUACUCCCAACUGCCAGCUGAUUUGCAAGCAAAGAUAUUCCAGAAAGCUGAAGAUGGGGCCCGCAAAUGCAUUGUUGCCACAAACAUUGCUGAAACAUCAUUGACAGUGGAUGGAAUUUUUUAUGUUAUUGACACAGGAUAUGGUAAAAUGAAAGUUUACAAUCCUAGGAUGGGUAUGGAUGCGCUGCAAGUUUUCCCAGUUAGUCGUGCUGCUGCGGAUCAGCGAGCUGGACGCGCUGGUAGAACUGGCCCUGGCACAUGUUACAGGCUUUAUACAGAAAGUGCUUACCUCAAUGAAAUGCUGCCUAGUCCAGUGCCAGAGAUCCAGAGGACCAACCUUGGUAAUGUGGUUUUGUUGCUCAAGUCUCUCAAAAUUGAGAACUUGCUAGAUUUUGAUUUCAUGGACCCACCUCCACAGGAUAACAUCCUUAAUUCAAUGUAUCAGUUGUGGGUCUUGGGAGCCCUCAACAAUGUUGGGGGGCUAACUGAUCUUGGCUGGAAAAUGGUGGAGUUCCCUUUAGAUCCCCCGCUAGCCAAGAUGCUCUUGAUGGGAGAGCAAUUAGGCUGUAUAAAUGAGGUUUUGACAAUUGUAUCAAUGCUUUCAGUGCCAUCAGUGUUUUUCCGGCCCAAAGAUAGAGCAGAGGAGAGUGAUGCUGCAAGGGAAAAAUUUUUUGUUCCCGAAUCUGACCACUUGACUCUGCUUAAUGUUUAUUUGCAAUGGAAAGAGCACCAGUAUCGUGGUGAUUGGUGUAAUGAUCACUUUUUGCAUGUCAAAGGAUUACGGAAGGCUAGAGAAGUCAGAUCCCAGCUGCUGGAUAUUCUCAAAACUUUGAAAAUUCCAUUAACUUCUUGUGGCCAUGAUUGGGACGUUAUACGGAAGGCUAUAUGUUCUGCGUAUUUCCACAAUGCUGCAAGAUUGAAGGGUGUUGGGGAAUAUGUUAAUUGCCGGAAUGGGAUGCCAUGUCAUCUUCACCCAAGCAGUGCGCUAUAUGGUUUAGGGUAUACUCCAGAGCAUGUGGUAUAUCAUGAAUUGAUCUUGACAACGAAGGAAUACAUGCAGUGUGCCACUGCAGUGGAGCCCCAGUGGUUGGCCGAACUGGGACCAAUGUUUUUCUCCGUGAAGGAAUCAGAUACAUCCAUGUUGGAGCACAAGAAAAGACAGAAGGAAGAAAAAACAGCAAUGGAAGAGGAAAUGGAAAAUUUGAGGAAGGAGCAAGCAGAGGUGGAGAAAGAGAGCAAGGAGAGAGAGAGACAAAAGAGGGCAAAGCAGCAGCAACAAGUCUCUAUGCCAGGGCUGCGACAAGGUUCUUCCACUUACUUGAGACCGAAAAAGUUUGGAUUGUGAAUGUCAUAUAUUCUGUAUUUAGGGUUUUGAAUCUUAUAAACACUAACUCUAAAAAUAGGGAUGUUGUAAAAGGAGUCGUCUCAACUGUUGACGGUAACAGAAAAAUCAAUUGUCAAUUUUGUAAAGUGCUCGCACAAGUUUGCAGGUAGAAUAUUGGAAUCAUGGGCUGUGCUCGUUGAUUCUGAGUUCUGCUGUUUUUGCCCCCUCGUUACUUUUUUCUGUUCCGAGAUUCGUCACACGCAUCAUCCAAAUUUUGCUUCCUGUAAAAACGGUACCUUCAUAUUCGGAAACUAUUAGUUGCUGUGCAAUUUCUCA